GCGCCCGCGCAGAGCCGACCUGCCGCGGCGGGGCACCCCGCCGCCAGGCAGGCCAAGACUGGCCUGCCGGCACCGGCCACAGCAGGCGACGCCGCAGGCCAGCUUGCUGGCAUGGGGCUCGCGGCCGCGCCCGGUUCGCUCGCCGCCGCCGGCUCCGCGCGCAGUGCGGUGCAGCAGGGCCGGGCCCGCCACGGCGCGCCCGCUGGCAGGGCGCUGGACGGCGAGGCAUUUCAUGCUGCCGCCACGCCCUGCUUCGCGGAGCCAGGUGUCGUCCGUGUGCGAGAUCCACCCCACAAUGCGGCGCAGCGUGCGUCGCUGCACAACGUCUAA